AUGCAAUAUUUUUUGGCCAGCGUUUAUGGUCAAAAAGACCCAAAUUGCGAUAGCCUAAAUGAUCCAUGUGUAUUGGCAAAUUCAACACUACAUCCAUGUAAUGGACAUCUUAUGACAAUACCUCCUGAAGCAUUGAGUGGUGCUGUUCAAUUCCAAUAUAAGUUUAGCAUGAGUGAUCCUGAAAUAUAUUCUGUAUAUUAUUGCUCUUGUAGUGUAAAGUUCUAUAAUUUAGUAGUCAACUGCACUACAUGUUUCCAAGGUCCAGGAACCAGUAUUACCGUGGAACCUUUUCAGGAUUUUGCGAACGCUUGUGCCAAUGCGGGAUUUGCCAUUGCAUUGGAAAAACCCAAAGCGCCAAAUCCAAGAAAAAUUGACAAGUAUUGUGGAACUUUAAAAGAUCCAUGUAAUUUGGUAAAUUCAACUUUAAGUCCAUGUGGUGGAUACUUUCCUCCACCAACUCCUGAAGUAUUGAGUGGUAAAAUUUCAUCUAAAUAUGAACUUUCUUCUAAUGAUAAUAGUUUAUUCCCUUGUGCUUGCAACGCCGAACUCUACUCGUUACUUUAUAGAUGCACAACAUGUUUCAUUCAACCUGGAAAUGAUAUUACCGUGGAACCUCUUAAUGAUUUUAAAACGACUUGUAUUGAAGGAGGCUUUAAUUUUGAAGUAACCUCACCAACAACAACAGAACCAUCCCCAACACAAAAAGAAACAUCCAAACCUACCCCACUAAUUAAAAAUGAUCCAUCCUGUAAUACUGAAAAUGAUCCUUGUUUGGUGAUUAAUAAUCUUUUGAUGCCUUGUAACGGGUUUUUAUACCCACCAUCUAAAUUAACAAAUGGAUCCUAUAAUCCAAAGUUAGUGUCUUGUAUGUGUAAUGGUAGAUUUUACGACCAAUUAUCAAAAUGUAUGACGUGUUUCGCUCCAAAGUAUAAUAUUACUGUCGUGCCAUUUGAUGAAUAUGAACAAACUUGCAAGAAGUUGAAACUACUGUCGAACGAUGGAUCAUUAAUUCUAUUAAAAGAUUCGUUUCUCUUGCUUAGCCUAUGGAUAGCUUUUAUGGAGUGCAAAGAUAAAAAGAGUUUGAAGAGUCAUUUAAUCACUUCAAAUGCUGGAAAGUUCGAGGAAAAAUCGGAUGAUAUAAAUUGCCAAAAUGAUUCUCCGGACAAUCCUUGUAACAAAGUUGAUAAAUUAUUAGAACCUUGUAAUGAAACAUUAACUCGACCUGACUCUGAUGAUGAAUUCAUGUAUUGGGUUGAUGAACCCCAAGAAGCAAAAUGCUGGUGUAAUAAAGAAUUUUAUGAUUUAAUAUCAAGUUGUAUGAGAUGUUUCUCUUUGCCACCUAACGUUGAAACACGAAUUAGACCGUUAGAAGAUUAUAAAAAUGAUUGUAAAGCACAGAAUGUAGAAUUUAUCGACCAACAGGUGGAAUCAGCAGCUACAGAACAAGAACAAAGGCAAGUCAAGAAGAAAGGUCCUAAUAAACUUUUACUUGCGCUAGGUAUUAGUUCGUUGAUAACGUUAUUGGCAAGUUUAUUGUUCUGUCUGGUUGCCUUUAAAAAGAACAAGAAGAAGUCACGGGCCUAUGAACAGUUGAAAACGGAUUUUUAUUCAUAUCCAAAAAACAAGGGAAGGGGGAUUGAAAUCGGAACAAGGAAUGUUGUGAAUGAAAAUGAUGAAAAAUUGUAUUCCCCUGAGGCUCCCAUGCCACCACCGUUAGCUCAUCAACCUCAACAGAUUGAAUUGCAAGAUCAAAGUCAACAAAAUAAUCCUUUUGUCAAUACUGGAACGUAUGGUCAGCAAGAAUAUUAUGUGGAUGCAAUUCAGUCGCAAAUACAAGCUCCCAGACAAAUAAUCGCGCAAGAGCCAGAAGAUACACCAAGUCCAACGGUUAAAGCAACGUCUAAAAAUUCAGAACCUACUACAAACGUAUCGCACCCAUCAAAUAAAGAAGUUAAAGAAAAAGAAACGACUAUAGAAAGUUGCACAGAACCUGAUAGUGCGUGUAAAAAUGUUAAUGCUAUUUUAAAGUUAUGUAACGGGAUUAUGGUGACUCCUGACAAGUAUAUCGAGCAAAAUAUUCAUAAUGGCACUUAUCAACCAGAUAGUUUCAGUUUGGCGAGGUGUAUGUGCAAUCAACCUUACUAUAACAUGUUGAAAACAUGUUUGGAGUGUUUUACUAAUAUAACUGAGACAGGAUUUGAAAUCGCCCCUAUGGAACAAUACGAAACUAAAUGCAAAUCAUUCGGUAUCACAUUCACUCAAGAAAUGCCACCACCACCAACAACUGGGGUUCCAUCAAAAGUGAAAUUGAUAUUAUCAAUUGGAUUAUUCGUAAUAUCUUUUGGGUUAAUAGGAAUGCUUUUGUUACAAUUAUACAGAAGAAAAAAAAGAAAGGAAAAGGAAGCACUUUUUGCUGCAAAACAAACCGCUGAAUUGGCAGCAGGUCGUGGUGGUCGUCUUAGCACAGAUACUUUGACUAAAAAAUACCCGCUACCAAGCUCAUCACCAACCCAUCGCCCCCCUCCUCAGUACACAUCAUCAGGUGGAACAAACUAUCCACCUCCGCCUUCAAGUAAUGUUAGUCCGCAACCCUAUUAUCCCCCACAUGGCAGUCCACAAGGCGGUCAAGGUGGUGGCCAGGGUGGUGAUCAUGGUGGUCAAAGCGGGCAGGGUGGUCAAGCUGAUAGUUAUUUUAAUAGUUCUUUCUAA